UCGAGGUCGCGUGCUCAAUGUCUACUUAUGUCUGACUCGACUGGUCAAGGUUCAUUCUGAUUUCCCGCAUCGUCGGGGUUUCGCCGCCUGCUCACAACUUUCCCAAUGGUUCCGAUUCGACUACUUUCGGUGCUUCCGCUCCUAGGAACCUAUGUGUCCGCCUUUCCGGUCUUGGAACAACAGCCGCUGGGUGAUGGGUUCCAGAAUGGGGCCGAAUUUGAGCCACCCACCGCGGGUGCCGAGUCCUCCCGGGGGCUCUCGGGGCGCUUUCUGCACAUAACAGAUUUCCACCCAGAUUCGUACUACCAACCCGGAACUUCUGACGAGAAAAGGUGCCAUAGAGGUGAUGGCUCGGCGGGAUACUUUGGAGCCGAAGAAACCGAAUGCGACUCGCCAUUUGCCCUUAUCAACGAGACCUUUCGCUGGAUCGAGGAUAACCUCAAGAACAACAUUGACUUCGUCAUCUGGACUGGCGACUCUGCGCGACAUGACAACGAUGAGAGGAACCCUCGCACGGCCGAAGAGAUCAUCGACUUGAAUCAAUUCAUGGCGGAUAAAUUUGCCGAGGUCUUCAAGGGAAAGGGCGCAACCCAUGGUCUCUCCAUCCCGAUUGUACCAACGCUUGGGAACAACGAUAUCAUGCCACAUAAUAUCUUCAAGACCGGGCCGAAUCGGUGGACGAAGCAAUAUAGAGAGGUGUGGCACAAAUUUAUACCCGAGCAUCAACGCCAUAGUUUUGUGGAAGGUGGCUGGUUUGUCUCGGAGGUGAUUCCCGAUCAGCUGGCCGUCAUCAGCUUGAACACUCUGUACUUUUUCGAUUCCAAUUCUGCCGUCGAUGGGUGCAACGCGAAAUCCGAGCCAGGCUAUGAGCAUAUGGAGUGGUUGCAUGUUCAACUAAAGUUGCUGCGGACUCGUCACAUGAAAGCCAUUCUGAUAGGUCAUGUCCCUCCCGCUAGAUCCGGGACCAAGCGCAGCUGGGAUGAAACCUGCUGGCAAAAGUACACGUUGUUCGUGAACCGGUUCCGGGACGUCGUGGUCGGUAGUGCAUAUGGGCAUAUGAAUAUCGACCACUUCAUGUUCCAGGACAGUCACAAGGUGAAGAUUGCCGACGCCCGUGCAGCUGUGCUGUCUGAUCUGUAUGACGACUCGGGUGAAAUUUCCAUUCAAUCCCGUUAUGACUAUCUUUUCAGUCUCCGGGACGACUGGUCCAGCCUGCCGUCUCCGCCGGAUGGUAUGCCGAAAGACACCUUCAUUGCGGACGAAUGGCUCGAUGGUGAUGUCACCACGGAAGGUGCAAAGAGCUCAAAACCGAAGAAAAAGAAGCGCUUCUUGAAGAAGAUCGGUGGUCCUUAUGCCGAGAGGUACAGUGUUUCGUUGGUGUCGCCUAGUGUGGUGCCGAAUUUCUUUCCUACCCUGCGGGUGGUUGAGUAUAACAUCACCGGCUUGGAAGACACGAUGACUUGGGCCGAUGCUUCGAUCCAUAAGGGCUUGGAUAUGGAUAUCCCGGAAGCUGUCGAUGAUGAGCUGUCCGCUGAGAAGAAAGACAAGGGGAAGAAGGAUAAGGACAAGAAGAACAAGGACAAGAAGGGGGAUAAGAAGGACAAGAAGGACAGAAAGAAGAAAAAGCCACAGGCCAAGGUCCCUGUACCUCCAUCGUCGACUACUCCUCCGGGGCCGGCUUAUUCAAACCAGGCGUUAACCUGGCUCGGUUAUACCCAGUACUAUGCCAAUUUGACCAAGAUCAACAGCCAGAUGGCUAAACAUCAGGAAGUGUUGGCAGACGAUCUCGACCAAGGGGAUGCGCACGAGAUGAAGCACCGCGAUGUCUUCACGUUUGAGGUCGAAUACGACACCCGACACGACAAGCUCUACAAGAUGGACGAUCUUACCGUGCGCAGUUUCUUCAAAUUAGCGAAGCGAAUUGCUAAGAACCGGUUGGGUAAAGACGAUCUAUGGGCGCAGGAUGCGACCGCGGACGAAUUUGACACGGAUGCCGAGUCCGUCGACAACAGUGGAGAAGAUUUGGAAAUUGAAAAAAAGAAGAAGAACAAGAAGCCGAAGAACCGGGUGUGGAGGGCAUUCCUGGAAAGAGCUUUUGUUGGGACUUUGGACAGUGACGAACUUGACGAUAUAGAAUGAUGUUCCUGCCUGCCGCGAGGUGGACAGGAGAUAUACGAUGUUAUGGUCACGAUGUUUCCUUGC